GGCGGUCAUGACGUGACGUCGCUGCUGUUGCCGCUGCCGCCCCCACGCACACAUGUGCGAACCGAAAGCACGUUAAUCGAAAGAAAAGUCCGCUAGAAUAACUGAAAAGAGUGAAAGACUGAGGUAUAAAUAAUUAAUUGUAGUUUAACACGGCAAUAAGCGCAAGUUCUUAGUUAUGUAUGAAUAUUAAGUGUGCCAUUACGUCGCGGCUUACGUUUUCUCUGCCUGACGUAAGGCGACUCCCUCGCUCGCUCUCUCCCUCUCUCUCUCUGGUGUGUUGUCUCUCAGCGAUUCUCUUUCUCCGCGUGUGGAUUGCGUUUUUGCCGGCGAGGCGACGGCUACUCCAAAAAAGACACGGCACAACACACACACUACACUCGUUUUGUGUCCCAAGAAGUUCAGUUCGCUUUUCGUCGCCAGUCCGCAAAAAUGUGAAAAUGGAAAACUGAGGGCAAGCCGAGAAAAGAAAAGCCGCCAAGCUAAAGACUGCAACUGCAACUGCAAGUAAAAGCUCCAACAGCAAAUCCGCCAACGAAAAAAAGUGCGCGCGUGUAACAAUUAUGUGAUAUCUACAACAAAUGCUCGAACUGCUGACGUCACGCACAGAAUCGUAGAAUAUAUAGAGAAUAUAGAAGAGAAACGAAAACGUCGCGUAGUAAAGUUAAAAGUUCCCACACACACCAACACACACACACACCCACGGACUGAGUCAAAAGAGGAAGAAGCAGCAGUAUAUAAUACGUGGAACACAAAAAGUAACCGAAAGAAAAGGCAAAACACCCGCAAAAAAUGAAAAAAUUUGCAAAUAUGAAACGUGUGUGAUAUUCAAAGAGCAAGAAGAAGCAGAACAGGGCAGCGGUGGAGAAAAGGAGAAGAAGCAGAGCAAUUUGUUGUUGUUGCGUGUGAUAUAUAGAAAGCAAGUAAAAGAAAGGCGACAAGAAUUCCAAUUUUUAGAUGUGAAGAAUCCUUAGGUGCUAAUUUAGUUGAUAAGCGCAGAAAACGAGAGAGAAAGAGAACGAGAGCGAUACACAGGCAGUACAAUAAGUAAACCGACACGAGAGCUGGAAAUUCCGACUGGGUGGCAACUUUUCGAAGGCAGUGCUUAAAAGUAUGCUACAAUAUAAUGCCAGCGAUUGCCGACUGAGGCGAACUUAACAGAAUACUAUAUAUAGAAGAUAUAUAGACAGAAGACAGAGAGCGACAGAGAGAGAGGGAGAGAGUGAGGCGGAGAAUCGCCAAAGAAUCACGAAGAACCGGCAGCGAAAUGUCCAAGUUCUUUGUGAAUGUUGCCUCCAUCAACAACAGCAACAACAGCAGCAGCAACAGCAACAACUCCACCAGCAACACCCAGCGACACCAGCAGCAGCACUAUGGCGCGGGCGGGGCAACUGGCCACACGAUGGUGGCCCGCAGACUCAACUACGAUCUGCACGGCGGCACCACCAACAUCAACAAUAACAACAACAACAUUGUGAUCAAGAACGAGGCCCUCGAUCUGGACUACGACCACGGCCUGAGCAGCAGCGACAGCAACAGCAACAGCGGCGUGGCGGCCCAUCUGCGGGACCAUGUCUACAUCAGUCUGGACAAGGGUCACGGCGCGGGGGCAGUGGCAACAGCAGCGGCAGCAACAGCGGGCCAGGCGCAGCAGCACCACCAGCAUCAGCAGCAGCGCAAGGCGACCGGCAAGUCCAACGAUAUCACAAAUUACUACAAGCAGGUCAAACGCCGGCCGCACGCCGUCAGCGACGAGAUACACCCGAAGAAGCAGGCCAAGCAGAGCACUCACCAUCAGACGGUGGGCUACCAGAAGCAUGUGGCCAGCAGCACGCCCCAGCAGCUGCGGCACAGCCACCAUCAGCUCCACCACGACGCGGAUGCCGAGCUGGACGAGGAUGUGGUGGCGGGGGUGGCCAAGCCGGCUUCGCAUCACCCAUUCGCCCUGUCGACGCCCCAGCAGCAGUUGGCCGCUUCGGUGGCCAGCAGUUCAUCGAGCGGGGAUCGCAAUCGGGCGGACACCUCGCUGGGCAUACUGACCAAAAAGUUUGUGGACCUGCUGCAGGAGUCGCCGGAUGGCGUUGUGGAUCUGAACGAGGCCUCCACUCGGUUGCGAGUUCAGAAGCGACGCAUCUACGACAUCACCAAUGUCCUCGAGGGCAUCAACAUUCUGGAGAAGAAGUCGAAGAACAACAUCCAGUGGCGCUGCGGGCAGUCGAUGGUCAGCCAGGAGCGAUCACGGCGCAUCGAGGCGGAGUCGCAGCGGCUGGAGCAGCAGGAGAACGAGCUGAACAUGGCCAUCGACCAGAUGCGCGGAAACCUGACCGAGAUCUCGAAGGAGGUGGAGAACACCGGUGGCAAGGCCUACGUUACGCAGAAUGACCUGCUCAACGUGGAUCUGUUCAAAGAUCAGAUCGUCAUCGUUAUUAAAGCGCCGCCAGAGGCCAAGCUCGUGCUGCCCAACACAAAAUUGCCGCGCGAGAUUUACGUGAAGGCGGAAAACAGCGGGGAGAUCAACGUCUUCCUCUGCCAUGACACCUCGCCGGAGAACUCGCCGAUUGCGGCGGGCGCCGGAUACGUUGGAGCACCCGGAGCCGGAUGCGUGCGGACGGCCACCUCCACCCGACUGCAUCCGCUGACCAACCAGCGGCUGAACGAUCCGCUCUUCAACAAUAUCGAUGCCCUAAGCACCAAGGGAUUUGUUCAAACGCCCUACCGCUCGGCCCGCAACCUCAGCAAAUCGAUCGAGGAAGCCGCCAAGCAGUCCCAGCCUGAAUAUAAUAACAUUUGUGAUAUUGCGAUGGCCCAGCAUCAUAAUCUGAACCAGCAGCAGCAGCAACAGAUGCUGCAGCAGCCGGAGGAGGACGAUGUGGACACGGAGCUGAGUCAGCUGGUGCCGACACUAACGAAUCCGGUGGUCCGCAGCCAUCAGUUCCAGCAGCACCAGCACCAGCAGACCUCCAUCCAGGAGCUGUUUAGCAGCUUAACCGAAUCCUCGCCCCCAACGCCAACAAAGCGUCGUCGGGCGGCAGCAGCCGCAGCAAUUGCCGCAGGCAGCGCAACAGCAGCAACCACUACGCUUAAUAGUCAUAACAGCAGCAACAGCAACCACAGCAAUCAUAGCAACCACAGCAGCAGCAACAGCAACAGCCAAUCCCAACCACCCACAAUAGGCUACGGCAGCAGUCAGCGACGCAGCGAUGUGCCCAUGUAUAAUUGUGCAAUGGAAGACGCAACCACAACAUCUGUAGCAGCAGCAGCAGCGGCAGCGGCAUCAGCAACGUCGCGAACGGCCGCAGCAACCCAAUCGUCGGCGAUAAGCUCGCUUCAAAUGCAAUUCGCUGCCGUCGCGGACAGCAACAACAGCAGCAGCGGCGUUGACGGCGGCUAUGGCAGCAUCGCUGGCGCUGGCGCCAACGCUGAUCCCCAUCAGCAGUUCUGCCAUGACCGCCACAGCCUGCCGCCCAGCGUUGCCGACUGCGAUGCCAACAGCAACAGCAGCAACACAACGCUCCAGGGCCUCGAACCGUUCCUGUACGACUUUGGCUCGGAGGACUACUUCGGCAACAGCAUCGCCUUUGUGUCCAUCAAUCCGCCGGACGACAAUGACUAUCCGUAUGCGCUGAACGCGAACGAGGGCAUCGAUCGGCUGUUCGACUUCGAAUCGGAUGGCUAUGUACCCUAGGAGGCGACGUCCACGUAACACACUCACACACAUAUGUCUACAAAAUUGGGAUUCUGGGGGUGUUUAUAAUUUUAAAUUAUAUACAAAUUGCAAAACACAACAAAAAAACAAACAAAAACCAGCAAAUUACAAAUUAUUAAAUUAUUUGAUUGCAAAAACUACAAACAAACAAAAAAUCCAAAAACAAAACACAAAAAAAGCAAAUCAGCAAAACUUAAUGAAACUAAGUUGUGUGUAAAGUUUUAAGCGUAAAAAUAUAUACAUUUAAAUUUAUAACCCAAACUAAUUUAAGCGAAAAAAAAAGAAAACACACAAUCUACUUUACAAAAACUCAGCCUCACAAGAGAAAAGGAGAAGUUGUAGCAGGAAGAGCCACAUUUUAUAAGCAAAUUUCAAUUUUAGCCUUAACACAAAACAAAGAAGAAGCAAAAGGAGAAUCAGGAAUACGAUGUAAAAGAAAUGGGUAACACACACAAAAAGCGAACGAAUACUUCCCCCUUAUCAAACAACUUUUUUGGGCUAGAACUGUCUGUAAAUUAGUAAAAUAAUACCAACACACACAUAAUUUUUAAUUAGAAAACAAAAUAGUUGUAAAGCCAAUCAACAUAAAAUUAAACAAUAAAAAGAAAAUCAAUUUCAAAUUGUAAAAAA